UAUUAGUGGCUUGCCCUUCUACUUGAAACUGCAAAAGCAUCAUUUUACUCUCCCUGAACUCCCAACAAUGGCAUUCCUGCUGAACAAAACCACCAUUCUAUCUUACUGUCGGACCCAAACCCAGAAAGCAGGGGAUUCGCUCUCUUUAUCGCGUAGAGGCUUCCAUAUAGAACCAGGAGCUCGCGAGAAGGCUCUCUUGGCAGAGGACCCGGCACUAAAGCGGUUCAAAUCACAUAAAAGGAGUGUAUGGCGACUUAAAAGAGUUGGGGAUGUUCUAACGAUUGUUGUUGUUGCUGGUUGUUGCUACGAGAUUUAUGUCAAAGCAGUAAUGCGAGAAGAAGCUCGGAAGCAGACAAGCGGAAGCGCACAGUGAAGUGUGUUUCUGUGGCAUUUCUUCUUAUUCUGACGGUAGCAUCAUUAGGCCUUUUAUGAUUUUGUUAUCUCCCUGUGAAAUAAUCAGGAAAAACUUCUUAAACUCAACUGCUUAAACCCCAAAAUACUCUCUCUCGACCUCGGAUAGAUUUUAAUCUUCAAUAAAAUCUGUUAUAUUAAUGCUGUACAA